UCAGAUACACAUUUAUCAGUCAUAAACUCACAUAAAAAAUACCGUUUAAUAACAGGUCGGGUGAGGUGUCUGAGCUCCGCACCGCCCAGUAUUCGGACUGAAGUACAAAACACCAGCAAUUCAUCCAUUCGUACAAAAUCGCCGCAAAACUCAUCGUUUCACCCUCGUGAGAAACAGCCGCCAAAACCGAGUCCAAUGAGUAUCUCACCGAAACCGGAGGGGAAAAUCUGGUUGAAGCCCAAACCCAAGUCAGAUGAGCCGGAUACACCCCGAAAGCCAUCGCCCGAACCGCUAAACAAACCCAAUAUCUUCUCCGACAUCCGGAACGACUUCGAGAAGAUGUCGGCGCCGACAGUGCAGGUCAAUGUGGAGGCGUUCAAGAAGUGUACGCCACCGGCGCCCGUGCAGCCCAUGCCCAGGACCACCGUACAGACAAAGGCCACAGACAUCAGGACAACGGCUGUCAAGUCUCCAUCGCCUGACCCCACGAAAGCCCCGAACCAAAAGCCAAUCAAUUUGACCAAUAAGUCAGUGGACAACAAAUACAGCGCCGAUAUGACGGCCAUUAAGUCGGUGCCCAUGAAUGGUAAGGAUGUUCUGGAUACUUUUGAUAGUAGUGAACAGUCACUGAAAGGGUAUCACAAACACAGCCAUCAGUUCAGUGCAAGCGGUAGUGACAGACACUGUGGUGUCUCACCAUAUGAUCACCCAUUGGUUCCCAUCACACCCUGUACUGUGUAUCACAUCUACUGUUUGUCACGUAUUGCCAUUGAGAUUGUUGAUGAUAACUCUUCGGACUCUUCGGAGUUAUCGUUUGAGUUGGUGGACAGACCGCCGUCAAGAGCCGCUUCCGCGACCACCACCGCAUCGUUUGAACGCGUAAGCAAUCGCUCGUCACCAUCAGCUGAUCCACAACAGACACCCGAUGGUCACCAGACAACGAGUGACACGCCGGUGCAGUGGGCGCCGACUGCCUUGACCUCCGCGUCCAUAACUGAGUCGCCGAACGGAUUGGUUCCGAAGACUCCAUCGAUGGAUCAGAUGCUGGAGAAGCUGACCAUCUUAUCGCACACGCCGUCCAUUAGGUCGACGACAACCACAACAGUAUCGCCGUAUGUAAUGGUGGAUCAGAUGAUGGAGACACUGGCGCUCGAGUCGCAGCCGCCGUCCGAGUCAUCGACCACUACUUUGACGGAAGCGAUGGAUGACAGCGACCACAACGAUGUCAACCGCUUGUAUGUCUGCAACGAUGGCAUUGUCUUCUACAAAGUGGUGACCAGAGAUCACUUGAUUCAAGACGUGAUGACAUUCGUGGCGCAAAUGCAAGAACUCGUAUCACUUCCAUUCAAUGAUGUCUGGAAUCUGAUCGUUGACCACAAUUGGGACAAAGAGAAGCUGAUGAGUGAGGUCUUCGACGAGACGUCUGUUCCCUAUAACCUGUUGAGAGAGAUGUCAAUAGCGGACACUCAAGUGGUGAACAACUUCUGCCGCCAGUGUUUCAACGAUACGCCCAAAGAGGAGGACGGCUUCGCACUGAGUUGUGGUCACCACUACUGCAACCGAUGUUGGGCUCAAUACCUCACCUCAAGAAUCGAGUCCGCAGUCAACAUAAAGGAGAUCCGAUGCGCCCACGACUUGUGCCAUCGUCUGGUCGACUGGUCUCUCGUCGAGCCGCUGCUUGUGGAUCAAGUGGUGAGAGACAAGUUGGCGCAACUCGUGGUCAACUCGUUUGUGAACCACCGGCGCGGCUACCGGUUCUGCGCCAACACCAGCUGCUGUCGUAUCGUCAAAAUGAUGACUCCCGGCGUUCAGACCAUCGCUUGCGUCUGCGACACAGAGUUCUGCAACCGAUGCGGACAACGCAAGCACUGGCCUCUACCCUGCGAACUGACCCGGGAGUGGGCGCUGAGGGUCUACUCCGAAAUCAAGGGUAACUUUGCCGACAUCAAGAGCUUCUGCGGUGUCUGUCGUUCGACAAUUGUCUGGAAGCUAGUGAUGAGUCCGAUGAGCAAAUUCGAGCUCUUCUUCGCCCGAAUUCAAAGCAAUAGUCAAAUGAUUGUGAAGGAGACUGAAGUGAGAGACGGUUUGUUUAAACCGCACACUUCGCCGCCCAUUGCGGGAGAUAUUGUCGUUUUGCACCACUCCUUCACCUCACUAUACGAGUGUAGACUAUAUUAUGGACUCUUUUUGGUUUUCGCGUAUUUCUGUCAAAAUACGCCACAGUUUGAUAUAUUCACUCAAAAUUUGAAUGCCUUUGAGUCCCAUUUGGAGACACUGUCCAAGAUUUUGAUGGGCGACGACGGAGAGUCCCACAGAAAGUCCGACUUAUUGAUGACAAAAACCAAUUGCUUGCGGUUUAAGGAUCAGCUCAUUAACCACAUCACCGAAGGCGUUGACGAGCUCUACUGGUCCUACGACUUCCAGGAAUUCGUUGCCCUAUAA